AUGUCGGCAGGAACUCCCGCUUCGCCGCCUCAGCACGACACGAAGCGAAAACCGCGUCGGUUCGCGCCACUGGAUCCCAGUGCACAGCAUGGGCAGGAGUCGCCUAGGGUGAAGGGCAUCAUUUUCGACAUGGAUGGGACGUUAUGUCUCCCACAGAACUAUAUGUUCAAAGAAAUGCGCGCGGCGCUGGGCAUUCCCAGGUCCGUCGACAUUCUCGACCACAUCCGAGCGCUUCCCAACGAGCCUGACGAACACGAAACCGCAACGCAGCCAUCUGGAGAUGAGCCGCCGCAUUCGACGGUGAACCCUUCGGAGCCACCGUCCGAAGAGAUCUUGUCCCAUAGCACGGCCGAUCCUGACCCUGUGCCAUCGUCGCCGCAAGCUCGUGCCGUGGCCAAGAUCCGAGGCAUUGAACGACGCGCCAUGACGUCUCAGCGGCCCCAGCCAGGGCUUCAGGAGCUGAUGGCCUAUCUCACCCGCCGUGGAAUCCGCAAAGCUCUGUGCACGAGGAACUUCCCGACCCCGGUGCAUCAUCUGCUGGACACCCACUUACCCGGCGAACAUUUCGAGCCCAUCAUCACACGUGAGACAGAAGGUGUCGAGCCCAAACCGAGUCCCGAAGGUCUCUGGACCAUAGCUCAAGCUUGGGGUCUGGAGCGAGAAUACGACCAUGACCUCGAGGCUCUGGAUUCGCUGGCUAAUAGCGAACAGCUAGAUCCAUUGGAACUGGCAAAGCUUGUCUGGGGCUCCGGACUGAUCAUGGUGGGAGAUAGCAUAGACGAUAUGGCUGCCGGGCGCAGAGCUGGUGCCGCCACAGUGCUGUUGGUCAAUGAUGAGAACGAACACCUGGUCGAGCAUGAAUAUACUGGCCUCACUAUAAGAAGGCUUGACGAACUGAUAGUCAUACUGGAGAACGGGUUCGUAGAAAGCAAAUAA